AUAUAUUUGUCAGCUACUUUGAGUGCAAUCUCUUUGUUUGUUCUGUCAGAUUGUCGCGACAGGCAUCUCAAAUAGUUGUCCAUUUCCGAAAUUUGUCUUGUCAAUGUAGAGAGUCAAUUUGCCUAGGGCGAUACAUGGAACGUUAUGGUUGAUCUUCGUAUACUCUACUCGGCUACGACUAACGAGACUGAGCCGCUGUUUAAUAAGCAUUGCUAGUGGAACGCGGGGCCCCUUUCUAACAGAAUAUUUUGGCUCGAGUGCAUCCGGAGAUGUUAAUAAUAACAGUCCAUAUUAUUCUGAUGUUGAGUGCCUGGAAUGUCGUGAAAGGCCUCACACCGACUUUGCAAUGCGCUGCAAUAAAUCGCCUCCACACCAAUCAAAGCUCUUUUGCUAGUGGAACAGAGCAGUACACGGCAUUCACUGGAAUGGAGCCAAUUUCGCGAACAGAUCUACUUACUGGUGGUGAUUAUGAGGUGAUUUUCGAUUACCCAGCGCAUUGUCAUCUGCAAGUCAACGAGGUCCAACUCCAUUCCGAGGGUACCUGUAAUUUCGAGCUGCACACUAGGGAAUGGGAUGGUUCCGAAUCGAAAUGGAUACAAUGGAGCCCAGUCUCCUAUUCUUACCAGCAGCAACCCCAUCCAGUUGAGAGUAAUGUGAGGAUAAAUGUGUUUACAAUCGCGGUCACGAUCCAGCAAAGCCAGUUCAACCUUCGCUUUCGUACUAGUGGCUUCUCCUGCAAAGUGCCGCUCUGUGCAGACAAUGAACCAUAUAUAUCCGUGGUUUAUGAAGAUGUUGAUGAAUGUAAGGCAAAGGCAUUCUGCGAUCCUGGUAACAGAGGUAACUGUACGAAUACAUUCGGAAAACACCAAUGCUCUUGUCUUCCGGGAUAUAACGGAAUAACGUGUGCAGAUAUCGAUGAGUGUACACUGGACAAAGGUAUCUGCAAGAAUGGCGUUAACAUCCAAUGCAAUAAUACCCCGGGAUCAUAUCAAUGUGUCUGCAAGCCUGGCUUUGCAGGGACACCUUGCGCAGAUGUCAAUGAGUGUGCACAAGAUCAGGGUAUUUGCAGCAAUUAUCCCAAUAGCAACGGUCAAUGCAACAAUAUGCCUGGAUCAUAUCAGUGCUCUUGCAAGCCUGGAUAUUCAGGAACACCUUGCACAGAUAUCAAUGAAUGUAAGAAGGACUACUGCAGGAGUGUGGACAACAGCCACUGUCACAACACUAAUGGAUCAUAUCAAUGUGUCUGCCUCGACGGCUACUCUGGUGCACAAUGCGAAGAUAUCAACGAAUGUGAUGCAAGCCCGGGAGUGUGUAACGCCAUCAUACACAGCAACUGUAAUAACACCAAUGGAUCGUACCAAUGCAUAUGCAGGCAAGGAUACACGGGGAAAUUUUGCCAAGAUAUUGAUGAAUGCAGUCAAGACGGGGCGCACAACUGCACCGCGAGAGUGAAUGGCGGGAAUCGUAUUUGUGAGAACACCAACGGUUCAUACCGGUGUCCGUGUGCAUCUACUGGAAACAGAAGCCUCGAUGAGCACUGUGCAGGACGGAAGCUGGCCAGUAGCAAAAUUUCAAUAAAAUUCACCCUAUCAGUGGGUCUGCUCGUUUCCGGCCUGUUGCUGGCCACUCUGAUUAUGGCGGUAGUGGUGAGAAAGCGACAGACAGGAAGCAAGGAUAUACCUCGUAUGCCAGUUAAUGACUCAGAAGGCACGGGAAUGCGUGAGGACCAAAAUCAUCAACCACCUACUACGCCAAGCCAGGGGAAUGACGUUAAGAGUGAGGAUCAACGUGGCACUGGAGAGAGUGAACAAGGACCAGUUGGUUCCUGUACUAGCCCAGCACUGCUGUACUCCCCUGUCACGAAACAUCACCCACUCACUAUGCUACUCCACGGAAGCCAUGUUUACAGUGAGGGUCAACCUGGGGCCGGAGUGCAUGAGCAAGUACCUCCAGUGCUCGGUAGUAGCCAAGCACUGCGGUACUCCCCCGUCACGAAACAUCACCCACUCACUAUGCCACUCCACGAAAGCCAUGUUUACAGUGAGGAUCAACCUGGGGCCGGAGUGCAUGAGCAAGUACCUCCAGUGCUCUGUAGUAGCCAAGCAAUGCGAUAUUCUCCUGUCGUGAAAAAUCAACUGCCCACCAUGCCACUCCAAGCAAGCGAUGUUUGCAGUGAAGAUCAACCUGGGGCCGGAGAGUAUAAACAAAUACCACCAGCGUGCUGCUUUAGCCAAGGACUGCUAUACUCCCCUGUCACAAAAGAUCGAAAAGCUAUUGAGAGUAAUGAAGAAAGUGAGGGAGCGAUCAACAGUAACAUUCGAGCAAACAACAAUGAGGAAAUAUAUGUACUGGCGACCGCACCGAUUCCUGAACUGCAAGUUCAUGCAGCAGCACCUUGUGUAUCACAUUCCAUAGCCACAUCAACAGGGCAGAAUAAUUUGUUGUCCAUCGAUACAUCGCCAUCAAGGGUCUCAUUGAACUCUGAAGGAAAGUCUCGUGUAUUGGCCACGGAGAUUGAUUCCGUUUACACCAUGAUCAUGAAGGGCUGUGACCCAAACUGAGUGUGCUCUUUUUGCCCGCAUUCUUCCUACACGUGAGCAAGAUAAUUUCCAAAGUCCCAUUACCGCGCGAGUUAAAUAGCGUUGCCGCACCUUAUUCCUCAAGUAGUUCAACUCCAAUACUGGGCAAAUGUCAUACGGUUUCAAAUUGUCCUUUUUACGAUUGAAUGAUAAAAAUGUUGAUUCACGUAGCAUCGUAAUGGUUUCUGCAUUCAGUAUUGUACCUCUACUGAUGAGCGGAGGGUGAUAAUGUGAAAUUUUAGAAUACCUUCGUAAUAGUUAUUGUUAAAACGAUUACGAUCCCACUAGUUUAAACAUGUGUGUAGUCUUCUAUACCAAUACACCACACCACCACGUCAUUGUCUUCUAUUCCAAUACACCACACCACCACAUACUGCUUCAAGUAUCCUUUUUAUUAUUUCUCGCUUCAUUGAAUUAUGUUGUAUUAUUGUGUUCUAUUCGCCCCAAAAAGAGGCUUUAUAGUACUUCUUGCAUUUCUUACUCACUCAUUCCAAUGAUGAAUUAUAACUUUCACC